AUGGGAGCUCUUUUGCUUUUGGCUUUCUUACUUUCAAUACCAAAUAUUUGCUUGGGAAAGGAUUUAAUUACUAAAACCCAAUUCCUUAGAGAUGGAGACACCAUCAUUACAGAGGGUGGAACCUUCGUAAUGGGAUUCUUUAGCCCCACCAAUUCCUUAAACCGUUACAUAGGUAUAUGGUACAAACAAGAUCCAGGUAAGACAGUGGUUUGGGUUGCAAACAGAGAUGCUCCACUUGCUGACACAUCUUCGGCUGUCUUGAAGAUCACCCUGAGAGGCCAACUUUCACUUCUUGGAGACAAGGGUCACCCUGUUUGGUCUGCGAACACAUCAAGAUCGGUGCAAAAUCCGGUUGCAGAGUUGCUGGAUUCAGGGAACCUGGUGGUGAGAGAUGCAGAUGAUGAAAACCCGGAGAAUUUUCUCUGGCAAAGUUUUGAUCAUCCAACUGACAAUUUUUUAACCGGAAUGAAAGUUGGGCGGAAUUUACAGACUGGGCAUGAGGUUUUUUUAACAGCUUGGAAGAGUGAAAAUGACCCAGCUUCAGGCCAAUAUACACUGCACCUGGAUCCUACUGGAUAUCCACAGUUUAUUCUCAAGAAUGGAACAACUGAGAUUUUUAGCUCAGGUCCAUGGAAUGGUUUGCGCUUUAGUGUAACAUCAGAACAGAGGAGCACCAAUCUUGCCCCACAUGGACUGGUUAUAAACAAAAAGGAGGUUUAUUAUUGGUAUAAUAUCAGUAAUGAGUUUGGUUCAAGUAGAUUUCUUGUUACCAGCAAUGGUGUUCUAAAAUCUUGGACAUGGGAUGAUCAGAUCAAACAAUGGGUGAGUUUUCAUACCGAACCGUCAGAUACUUGUGGCACAUAUGGUUUAUGUGGUAAAAAUGGCGUCUGCAACAUACAGGAUUAUCGUAGUUGUGGAUGUUUAGACAAGUUUUUGCCUAAUAAUAAUGCAACAGAAAGCUUGUCACAAGGAUGCCAUAGGAGAACACCCCUGAUUUGCCACAAUAAUGGAUCUUCAUCAGAUGGAUUCCUCAAAUAUUCUGAUAUCAAACUGCCAGAUUCAAAGCACUCUUGGUAUAAUGAAUCUAUGAGCCUUCAAGAGUGUGAACAAGUUUGCUUGAGGAAUUGCUCUUGUAUGGCUUAUUCCACUCUCAAUAUAACCAAUGGAGGAAGUGGGUGUUUGAUUUGGUAUGGUGAUUUGGUUGAUAUGCGAACAAUACAAGACGGGCAAGACAUUUACAUCAGACUGGCUGCUACAGAAAUACCAGGGUCACAAGCAGAACCAAAUCAUUCAAGCCCAUUGGGGAGGAAAAUAAAAGUUCUUGUGCUUUGUUUGUCGCUGCCGGUUGUAAUUGUUCUUGCAGGGGUGGUGCUUUUCUGGUAUUUUUGCAAAACAAAAAACACAGAACAAAAGUUGAAGGAUUCUAUAGAGCUACCAAUAUUUGACUGGUCAACAAUAUCAAGAGCUACAAAUAACUUCUCACAAAAAAACAAGUUGGGCCAAGGUGGUUUUGGAAUAGUGUACAAGGGCACUUUGGAUGGGGGAGAAGAAAUAGCUGUGAAGAGGCUAUCACAGAACUCUGCACAAGGACUACCGGAAUUCAAAAAUGAAGUCAUAUGUAUAGCCAAAUUACAACAUCGUAAUCUUGUGAAACUUCUGGGAUCGUGCAUUAGUGGGGAAGAAAAGAUGUUGAUCUAUGAAUACAUGCCUAACAAAAGUUUGGACUUCUUCAUAUUUGAUCAAACAAGGAAAAAGUUACUUGAUUGGCCAAAACGCUUCAACAUAAUUAAUGGAAUUGCCCGAGGGUUAUUAUAUCUCCAUCAAGAUUCUCGACUAAGAAUUAUUCAUAGAGACCUCAAAAGUAGUAAUAUUUUGCUUGAUGUUGACUUGAACCCAAAAAUAUCCGAUUUUGGUUUGGCCAGGAGUUUAGUAGGAAAUGCAACUGGAGAUAACACAAAACAAGUAGCUGGAACCCAUGGGUAUAUCUCUCCUGAAUAUGCAACACAUGGGAUCUUCUCAAUUAAAUCAGAUGUGUUCAGCUUUGGAGUUUUAAUACUAGAGAUAGUUAAUGGCAAGAGAAAUAACGAAUAUUCAAAUAAAUAUCAAUAUGAGAACCUUCCAGGGCAUGCAUGGAAGCUUUAUAAAGAAGGAGAACCACUCACACUAGUUGAUGAGUAUAUAUCGUAUUCAUAUGAUGUAGCUCAAGUUCUAAGGUCAAUCCAUGUCGGUCUUUUAUGUGUGCAACAAUCUCCAGAAGAUAGACCAAACAUGUCUGCUGUUGUUCAAAUGUUGGUUAGUAACGCUGUGUUGCCUCAACCUAAAGAGCCUGGCUUCUUUGUUGGCAGAAGGGCUAUUUUUAACUCAGAGAGUUCUUCAGGCAAACAUGCAACAACUUCCCUCAAUGAAGUCACAAUGUCAUCACUAGAUCCUCGUUGAUUAGUGCAUAACUUAGAUUCCUUAAAUUGGCUCAGAAUUUAAAUUUCAUCUUGACAUCUUCAAUAACUACACAUUCCAUAUGUUUGUUUCAUAAUGCUAUCUUCCCAUUUGGUAUAAGUGUAUAACCCAUUCCCUCUAGAAUAGUUGAUUCAUAUGAUGUAGCAUUUCCUCAAGCCAAGGAGCCUGCCUUCUUUGUUGGCAAGGA